CAAAUAUUCUGUUCUUCAUCUGUAGAGCUGAGGAAUAUAAACUGUCUGCUUGUUAUACGAGCGUUUAGCUAUGUCUUCGGCCAACAAGCCAUUGUUUAAAGUUCCUCCUCCGUUAAAGACAAAAGUCUCGCUCAUAACGAACGACUACGAUCUGUCACAGAAGGUUUUAGGGGUAGGAAUCAAUGGCAAGGUUUUAGAAUGUUUCGAGAAGAAAACAAGGCAUCGAUUCGCCUUGAAGGUAAGCAAAGGUACACAGCUAUUGACUGUUGCAAGAAAGAACAUCGGUACGGUUGUUUUUAGGCUUUUGAUGUCCCUGGCCUCGGCAAACUCUUUUCCGUCGUUGAUGGUAAUUAAUCACUUGUGAUUCUUUCAUUGUGGGAGGCCUACCAUUUAAGAUAGGAUUUACUCAAUUUCUACCUUAAGAAGCACACGAUCAUUUUAUUAUAUUCUUAAUACAUAUCGCUCUUUUAAGUGCUUAAAAGUUUUAUGUAUUUAAUAUGCGUAGUGUGUAAUUUUGGUAACUAUGGCAUAAUUUUUAAGAACGCACUCCCUAAUUGUGUAACUACUCUGGUUUGAGUUUUUAACCUCUUGACUCACUGUUUGAAUCAUUAAGAGGUGUUUUAAGGUUUAUGGAGGAAUUCCCUCCUACUUUUGUGUGUUUCAAUAGUUCAUGUUCUUGAUUUCGUAGAAAUUAAGUGGUAAGUAUUGCAAAAGGCAAUCCAUGUACGUGCUGAUAGGUGAAUAAAUUAUUUGUGAUUUGAUUUUGUAACACUUCCUAAAACAUAGGGAUAUAGGAUAUUAAACAUAGUUUUCAUUCCACCGCUUCUUGUAUUAAAAUCCAUGCUGGGAAUGACCAGUUAAAUUAUUUUUGAAACUGAAUUAUUCAUUUUAAUCCCCCCCCCACCAAAAAUUUGACUUCCCCAUAGCUGUGUAUAAAUUUAUGUAAAUCGAAUGCUUUUGUAUCAGCUGCUAUUUCAAGGUUAUUUUUCCAAGGUCACACACACCUAGCUUGCCAUACAAAACAACCUAGUUGAUUGAAGGAAAGACUGAGAAAUCAGGUUUUGUCAUGGGCCAGCCAGUAGCCAGUAAAAUGUUAUGUCUGGGUUAGAUAUUAACCUCUUUUAAGUUCUAACCAUUUUAAAGUAUGGAACCUUUAAUAAAAAGUGCAUCAAGUCACCCUUGGAAUUUCUGUAAUUUUCAGCUUGGUUGGGUACCGGCUGGAGAGAACAUUUGUGUCAAAAAUGUUGUUGCACAAUAUUAUUGUGCAGAAGAUAAUUUUUUCUAUGAUAAAAUGAGAAAAAAAUUUUUCAUUCAUGUUAAUACCAUGUGUAAUAAUCUCAAGGAUGUUCUUCGCUAGUAAUUAACCAUAGAGGCGAUACCUUACACUACUGACUAGACCAUUAAUAUCAUCUCCAAAUAACAUGUGGCACAUAUGACAGGUUUCAAUCAUGAUGUUCCUGAUACAUUGAUUGCCCAUUUCUCAUAAGGUUUUAUACCAGCUGUUAAUCUCAAUAUUGAUCUAUUUUUCAGUUUAAGCAUGGGUAAAGCUUCUUUUAUUUAUUAAUGUUGAUUUAUUAUUGAAGCCAAAACAAACAAAAAUAAGUGUAAAAAGUCACCGUUUUGGGAUAAUCGUGACUAAAUUAUCAUCAUCAUCAUCAUCAUUAUUUGGGUAGGACAUAUACUUAAUGAACUUAUUGUUCAGUUACCGUCUGGCCUAAAAAGGAUACUCACUAACUACGGUCCUAUAAUUUCAGAAAAUCUCAAUUGUUUUGUUUUUAACUUAAAGGUUUUACAAGAUAAUGCCAAAGCAUGGAGGGAGGUCGAACUUCACUGGAAGGCUUCUGGCUGCCCAUAUAUUGUUGGAAUUAAAGAUGUUUAUCAGAACAAAUAUGGAGGGAGUACUUGUCUUCUUGUUGUCAUGGAAUGGUUUGUUGAAGUUUCAUCGCAUUAUAUUUGUUUUUGUCUAACUCAGCAUUCGGUGUUCUCCUUGUCAGGCGGUAACCGGUAAAAAUUACCUCUUGAAGCAACACUUCUUACUGCCUGCAACUGCAGGAAGUGUUACUAAAAAUAAUAAGUUGUUUAAAAAAAUAUGCAACUUGUGACAUACCCAAGCUGAUCCUCACAAGAAAAGGAAGUAAAUACGGAAUAAUAAAAAGUAUACACAGCUAUUCUCUGUGAUUGCUGACUGGAUUCUUUCAAAGCACUGCAGGCUAACAAUGUAUUUGUGGGUUUCUCUCUCAAUACUAGACUUCCUCAACCAGCAGGACAAUUUUGCGACUUCCGUGGCUUAUGUUAUUAAAUUGACCCGAGUGGCAAAGGCAGCCUUCAUUCACAAACUUCUUUGUUUUGAGGUGUUUAAAAUACUUUUCGGUCAAUUGGUUGACAGGAUGCUAGAAAAUAAAAGCCAUCAAGAACGUGAUGUCCCCCCCCCUCCCCCACUUGCCAGGAGAGAGCCCCUCUGGUGCAUACUUUUGGCUUUACUGGUCAAGAAUGGUCCCUUACCAGCUGAGCUAAAAUUUAGGGAGAACACUGAGCAUUAGUGAAUUAUGUUUACAUGUUUGGUUCAAAAGCUGUCAGUGUUUUAAGUGCUCUACAUGCUUGUGGUGUUUGCAUUUACUAGUGAAUGUGAGAAAGGUGUUUGAAGGUCUGACUUGUAGAAAAUCUAACUUGUACAUGUAUGGAAACUGAAUCCAGAUAUAUAUUAAAAAGGCCAUUUCCCAGUUGCCGUGAGGCUCUGUUUCGAAUUGAGGCUAAGUGCAAAGCUAUUGAUAUGAAAAUAAUAAUUAUUUUUUAUCCUCAUGGAAAUAAAACUCAUGCACACAAGAAGGGUUUGCACUUAGGGUUGUUUUGAAAGUAAGAGAUUUUGUAACUCAGAAAUGACCCAAUAGGGCCAUUUAAACGAGGAAAAAUAAGACGCGCCUUAAAUAAGACGCGAACUUUCCGUAUAAACGGCACAUUUCGUCUAAAAUAAGACGCGGCUUAAGACGCGUCUUAUUAGAUAAGACAUGCUCGUAUAAAUGUUACCGUUCGCGUCUUAUUUAAAAUGCGUCUUAUGAUAUGUAAGACGCGUCUUAUAUUUCCUUAUAUAAAUGGCCCUAUUGUGAUAAAUGUAAUUGGUACAGUAAAAAUCUUAAAUAUUUAAAUUUUAAUACUCUUUUUUGUAGCAUGACUGGCGGAGAACUGUUUGAGAGAAUUCAGAAGAGAGGUGAUUCUCCUUUUACUGAAAGAGGUAGGUGCUUUUGCUCGACCAUUCAAAAUACUGUUACAAUAAAACAAACAGUGCCAUAAUUACUUUAAAUUUAUUUCUAAUUCCCAACAAAGACAGAAAACCUGUGGUUUGGGGUAAGGGAAGGUUUGUCACCUACUGUGGACUAAGCUUAAGGGCGAGUAACUGUCAAUUUCCCCAUACAUUAUCACUGCCCAAUCAAAGUUAAAAUGCUUGAGAUAAAAGGAAAAUGAUCCACAACUGAGUGGGGUCGUAAUUUUGAAAAAAACUUCCUCUCCUCAACAUUAUAAGAGAAGUAUAGAAACAGUGUGGAGAUAUUUCAUGCCCAUCUAACUUAAAACUCCUCAAGGUCUUGCUAAUACGCAAGUUUUCUGAAUGUUAAGUUACAUGUGAGGUAAAUUCUCGUAUUUCUCAUGAACAGAGGCAGCUGCUGUCGUGCGUCAGAUUGCUUUGGCAACAGCUCAUUUGCAUUCACUAAAUAUUGCCCAUAGGGACUUAAAGGUAUGUAUCAUGGGCAGUAGGUGGGUUGUUCUUUAUUUUUCUUUGUUGCGUUCCACGCUUGUUCUCACGCUUCGUACUCACUCUCGCGCACUCGCUUCGCUAACGCUCGCCGAUGUUUUUGGAAAGAAUGAAAAAAAAAAACACGUCUGUGUACAGGCUAGGUAGGUUAUGAACCUGCCUGCAUAUGUAUAGUUGGCUUCUACGAUGGCCAUUCCUGAAAGUGUUAAUUGCCAUUUUCUUGUGUUAUCCAUGCUUGUCUCUCAUUUGUCAAUACUUUAGUUUACAUAAGUUGAUUUUUAAAUUUUCCAAGGUUGCUGCAAAUACACUACAGAUCAGUGAGGUUGCUCCCAUCUACAUACAUUAUUUUCUAUUUACAUAUCACCUUAACUGGGUGUGGGAGCAAGGGCACUGCCUGGAAAAGCAGGAUAUCAAAGUGUUUUGUUAGCCAUGAGCGUUCUGUAAUUUAAAAUGUCCCAGCUAACAAGAUUGAGUUGCACUAACAGUAGGUUUACUUUGUUAAUUUCACAGCCUGAGAAUCUGUUGUUUGUUGAUAAUUCCCCCAAUGCAUUAUUAAAGCUGACAGAUUUUGGGUUUGCGAAGGAGACCACUGCUGGUUUGGAUCUUAAAACACCCUGCUACACUCCUUACUAUGUUGGUAAGUUGACUGGUAUUUCCUGUCUGGAAAUUAUCAGUUAUACGGUAGUUUUCUUGUUUACUUUGAAUUGUCACUUUUUACUAAUUUAUUGAUGUUAAAGACAAGACUGCAUUUUGUCCCUUUGUGAUGUCAUUUUACUGGCAAAUUUACACUUGCCUUUCAAAAAAUGCUGUAUUCACAUUCUUAAAUUCAGGUGAACACGGUGGGAAAUAUUUCUACUUAUACUUAAAAAAAUGUUCCUGUUAAGUUUCUAGUUUAUUCUGAGUUGUCAUUAUAUUAAUGCAAGUGUACCAUAAACAUUUUCAAUGAAGUCAUCAAGAUAACAAGGGUAGUUGUUCUCAGAUUUUUCUGUACUGUGGUUGUUCUGGGGCUGGCAUAUUAAUCUGACUGACUGGUUUUUUGUUAGCUCCUGAAGUGCUAGGUCCUGAGAGUUAUGACAAAAUGUGUGAUCUGUGGUCAUUAGGAGUCAUCAUGUAUAUUCUGUAAGUAUGGUUCCCUUGAAUCAGACAAACUUAGCUGAUAUACUUCUGUUUUUACAGUCUACCAAUGAUAUAGAGUGCAAAGUUAGAUUUCAUUCACUUACACAAACAUCAUGUAUGGUUUCAGUAUUUAGUUUCUACCUUUUUAAAUGCCCCAACCCAAGCAAUAUUUCUGGUAAAUUGAAUUUUUUUUCUCACUCUGUGGUCUACCAGUCUCCACCCAUGAACACACAGAAAGAGACAAUGGCUGGAUCUUUCAUUACUCCCCUUUUCUUCAAAUAAGUAAAUAUUUUUCUUUAAAUAUGGAUAAUGAUAUUUAAAACAAUUUUCUGAAUAAAAAUACUUUCAAAUAAAUUGACUUCCCUUCUUUGUAAGUUUCUUUCUUCUCCAAUUUGUUAGUCACAAAUUAGAGAGAUUUCCCCCCGCAUAUUCAUGUACAUAGACUUAUCCAGGCAAUGCCAUUGUGAAAACUGAGAAGUGAAUUAAUGCAAGAACACUGGAAAUUGUGUCAGAUUUUCUCCAUUCCCAACCUCAUACCUCUGGGAAAGAAACCUUUAAUCGACUCCCCAAUCCCAGCCAUAAAGGGCUGUACUUGUCCUGGGGGAAUGGUACAAUGUAGCAGGUUGAAUUGAUCAAGUGUUAUGUCAUUUUUCCAACAAUAUCUAGGUUAUGUGGAUUUCCACCAUUCUACAGUAAUCACGGAGCAGCCAUUUCCCCUGGAAUGCGUAAGAGGAUAAGACAGGGACAGUAUGACUUUCCAAACCCUGAGUGGAGCCGAGUCUCUAAUCAAGGUAAAAUACACAGACAUUUUUAACAGUAGACACUUACACCCGUUGUAACUGUUUUCCAUGAAAUCAGUGGACGUCUUGUCUUUCUCAAGAGUUUGGUAGAAAAAAAAUACAAUGUUGGGCCCUUGUUCUAGCUACCUAUAGAAAACAACAAACACCCCAACUUUGAAUAGAGGGGACAGGGGAGGGGUGCGGAUUCUUUUGUUCUCCGAAGUCACCCUAUUUAAGUACAAUGUCUCAACAAUUUUGUCGCCGAUUGUAGUCCCCAUUUCUCCUCUGCAAAGCACAAGGUUUCUGUGUCACUGGUAAUGGUGACCUAAUCUUCUGUCGUUUGACAAGCCUUGAGACGUUGUUUGUUUCCUGGACUCGAGCCAAUAAGCACAUAAUGGCAGGCGCCACGAGAAAAAGGGGAAACAAAACGUGUUGUUUCCCUUGGGGGUAGUUAUUAAUAUUGUUUUGUUAUACCAACUCAAACAAAAAAUUAAAAAGAGAAGUUAUCAGGACUCUCCCAACUGUUUAAACAAAUGAACUGAUAGACCAUCGACUAUCCAUUGACCUAUCUAGUCCAUGGCCUUUCAGAUCAUCUGCCUUUGAAUUUUAAUGUAGUUGCUUUCUCCGUGUUCGUGCCCCCUUUUAUUGCUGUAUCUUGCCAAGAUAUAUAUUAUACAAGACUUACUACUUUAAUCUUCAGCAAAAGAUUUGAUCCGAGGACUUUUGAGAACAGACCCUCAAAAUAGGUUUACUGUGGAGCAAGUGAUAAACAAUCCUUGGAUAAAGGUAAAUACCCUAGACUCUAUAGUACUGUACACCAGUAUUUUAAAGCUGUAUUGACUAUUCCCCAGCAAUAUAAAGUAUACUGUGAGGUCAGUCUUUGUCCCCGCCCAGAAAACACUUCUGCCUUUGUAGGGACAGUUUACUCACGCGUGUAGAAGACUUGACGAAACAGACCGGGAUCACUCGCCUUUCUGUGCGCAUGGCUCACGUCGCCCUUGGGAUACCGUUGCAAGAAACAGUUAUUGUAAAAAUCUGAAGAUAAACGGUGCGUUUUGUUAGAACAUUUUCUGAAAGGUAAAAUCACCGUGAAUAACAGUUCUUGAUAGGCUAUUUUUUGACUGAAUGGUCGCAUCAUUAAUAAGAUUUGGUCUGCAAACUGUCGGACUGAGGACAAGAUGGUAGGCAAAAGCAGUAACAACAAAUUGCCUUGCUUCUUAUAUUCACGAUCGUAGAGGGACUUAAAUAGACCAUUGCUGGAGUGUUGGUCGUAGGUGCUGGCCCUAGCAUCCGUUUAACGAGGUACUAAGAUAUUUUAAGUCCCUUUAAAUGGUGAUAUCAACAUCAAUUUUCUCCCAAAAUAUUCUAUACAUUUGUAAAGAAUGAGUUGAGAGAAUUCGAUGAAAUAGAUCACUAAAAGAAAUUUUCUUUGAUGUGAUCAUUUUAUUAAUUCUCAUAACUUAUCUCUUGACAGUGUAUGGAUAUUGUUUGGAGAAAUUUGAUCUCGGUCACUAUUCGGACUUAAAGGGUUAACAUCUUUUUUUGUUGACCCUGUAGGCCUACUCUGAGGUUCCAUCGACUCCUCUUCACACGGCCGCUGUAUUGAGAGAGGAGGAAGAAAACUGGCAGGAUGUCAAGGUAAUUUAGCGCUCUUCUACGAAGCAAUCAGCAGGACUCGAAGUUAUCUUUUUAGUGCACUUGCAAAGUUUUGCUAGUAAGAUUUUUUUCGACUAGCAAACUGGUGAGACCACAAGCAAUUUAUGUCCCUUUGUUUGGGAGACAUGGAUAAUUCUAACUCGCAAUUGUUUGCUAGUGGAUAUUUUUCUUACUCGCAGAUUAUCAAAAACUCGCAUUUUGCGAGUUUCCAAUUUUGAAUUUUCAGUUAUUUUGUCAUUUUUCACAAAAACAGCGUUCCAAGUUAUUUUCAUUGUUCAAUCCUAAUACAUAUAAUAAAGACUGUCCACUGUGAAUAGUCGUGACAUUAAUGGCAGCCCUCUUCGCUUUACCCUGAAAUAGUCAUUAGGGCGCUUAAACCAAGACGACGGCGACGGCAAUGAGAACAGCACUAAAAAGCAAUAGGUUUAGAUUAGCAAAACAACUUUGCACGUGCAUCACGCUUUUUUGUACAUUCCCUUUGACGACGAUGCACGACUACAAGGUGAAAGUGCCUAAUUUCAUGUUUUUUCCUUAACUUCGAUACAGUCCUGUAGAAUUAAACCCCUGAAAAAUUCGCCAAUAGUCGACAAAUUGGAGGUCAUGGAACACUGAGCGCAAUGAAGUUUAAAGCAGCGCGAAUUCACUUUUUUAGUGACGUGUUCCUAGCCGUCGCCUUCGUUGGUGCUAAAGCUCCCUAUUUAUCUUACUGUCGGUGAACUACUUUUAAAUCUAGCAUUUGCUGAAGAGAAAGCUAUGAAGGGGUAGGUGAAUUUGCUGAGAUUCCGAUUAAAGAUGGGUUUGUUUCAAAACAAAAGGCAAUAAUUUAUUGUUCUUUCCAUAUGUAAUAAUGCAGAUUUGGAUUGGUUGAAUAAAACCCUACCAUUUACUUACUGUGAAUAACACGGUCUAUGUUGUUGCACCCUGCAAGAGGAACCUCCUUUUGUUUUCUCGAGUGAGGAGGAGAAAAGGAAUUUCUGUCUGAAUACUGUCAAGCUUUCGACGUCGCCGAAGGCCGAACAUUGGACUAGUCAAUCUUGUUUUCCAGUGUUAUGAGUGCGAGCAUCGGUUUAAUAAACCAGUGGUCAUAGCUGAGCCCACUGUACCAAGCGCACGGCUAUUAGGCCUGGGUUCGAGACUGUAUCCUAGCAACAUGCCGCGCAUGCGCAAUAAAGAUCGUACUCGAUUCAAACAGAGGCUAUCUCGAAGGGCCACAAUCGAGCAAGUGAAUGCAAGGCGCUGCUCUUAGAGCGAUGUUGUUCACGCUAUCUUUUUUUUUUUCAGGACGAAAUGACCAACGCACUGGCAUCCAUGAGAUUUGAACCCGAUAAAGUGGCCAGACUUAAAGAUGUCGGUAAAUCCAGUAAUGCAUUGUUAAACCGAAGGAAAAAGUAACGUGUUAGUCAUCAAAUAUCAUGUCGACCUCAUCAUAAGGUUUUCAAAGUGAAUUCAUUUUUCUACAAGAAAAAUAGGUGGAAUAUUUAUGACUUGUAUCCUUCUUAUAACAUUAGCUAGGAAUGUUUCAAGACUAAAGGAUUGUAAUACUGUAAUGACAGUGAUUAAGCACCGUUACACCGUUUACGACAAAAUUGAGUUUGGAGCAUUCUUAGCUUUCAAGCAGGCUUUCAUGUUGGGGUUUCGCGUCGGCUUUCGUGGCGGUUCGUCUUGCGAUCUUGACGUGAGAGCCUGUGGAUAUCUGAAAAUGUCGCCUGAGUGUAAUAAAUUGUCAUAAAACGAAUAAAAGAAUAAUACCGAAAGAGAAAGAAAAAAAAAACUAAAACGAUCUUCUGUAAUUGAUAACAAGUGUUGCGUGUUUGCACUGUAAGUUCACUUUCUCUUCUAUAGCAACAGCGGUUGUCAAUUUUACGAAUAUCACUUUCAACCUUUGUAAUGUGUUGUGAUUUUGUACAUGAUUCGUAAAACAAAUACGUGUUGCACGGCAUAACAUUGCAUAAUUUAUGAACUGUGCUUGAUUGUACUUGCAUCGCCUAGAUCUCUCAAUUUGAAUCAGGGCUUUUGAACAUAGUUGUGUUGUGCCAAUUCGUACUCCAUAAACUAUCAAUUGUAAUACUGUACUAUAAUUAUUAUUUUGCCGAAUAUUAAUAAUAUUAUUGAUUAUUUCUCAACUGCCUCGUUUGAGUCAGUGGAGGAAGCAACUUUUAACGAAACCAAGCAGGAAGAGCAGGGGCGAAAGAGCGAGUGACAGGGUGGGGACGGGGGACUAAUUGAUCUGUUCUGUAUGCCGGCAUGGAUUCACAUUAGGGAGUUUAAGCUAUAAUGACGACGACGAAAUUGACAAAUGGCGAAAACGUCUAUUAAAAAGUGAAUUCGCGCUGUUUCAAAAAUCAUCGCUCUUUCUACGUGGCUUUCAAUUUGUCCAACGCUGGCGAAUUUUUCGGGAGCUGAAUUCUAGAGCAUUGUAUGUAAGUUUAAAAGAGAAUUAGAAAAGCGUUGUCUUGUGUUCACGUCUUCCAGAAAACGUGAACUUAGGCAGUUUCACGUCGUGGUCGUGCAACAACGGCAAAUGAAUGUACAGAAGAGCGUGGGGAACGUGCAAAGUUUUGUUUUGCUAAUUUAAACCUAUUGCUUUUAAUCCGUUCUUGAUGCUGUCGUCGUUGCUUCAGCUCCCUAUUACCUUCGGUGAAUGAUAUUUUAGUCUCAUGAUGUGCUCAUUCUUUGGACAACCCAAAGUUUCACUGCUAUAGCCAUCUGUACAGAAUGAUGACAAGUUUUGUGAGCAAAAACAAUCAGACUGUAUUAUCUACGGUCGGUUGGUUGCUCGCUUGGCCUCUUCGUAUUGGUUGUUUGGAUUGCUAACUGUCUGAUAUAAGUUUUAAAAAACCUAUUACUGAAUUUCAGAUACCAUUUAUUUUAUUGUCAUGGAA